AUGCCCAGAGUUGGAAGACCUGGUGUAUUUUCUACUGACAUCGAAAAAAAAAUAGCUUCGUAUAUUCAUAUCCUCGAAAAAUGUGGAUAUCCACUGACCAAAAAAGAAAUAAUUGCUAUGAUUUCGGAAUAUAUCCGUAGAAACGGUAUAGGGACUCCCUUCAGAAAUGACGUACCAGGGAAAGAGUGGUUCUUAGCUUUUCGCAAGCGACAUAAGCUCUCAUACAAAAAACCACAAUCUGUGAAAAUUGCACGGAAGAGGGCAUGCAACCCGUUUGUUAUAUAUGAGUAUUUUGAUUUGCUUGAAAAAGUUACUCGGGAGUUAGAACUUGGCAAUAAACCCGAACAAAUUUAUAACUUAGAUGAGACGAGUUUUUGCUCAGAUCCAUCUAAAAGCAAAAUUGUUGGAUUAACUGGAUUCCAAUCAACUAGGACGACAAGUGGCCCAGCUCGCGAAAAUACGACAGUUUUGCUCGCUGCUAAUGCAAUUGGAGGAAAAAUACCGCCUUUGGUUAUAUUCCAGGGCAAAUAUUUAUGGAACGAAUGGAUGUACCAAAACGAAAAUAUAAAAACUGCCUAUGCAGUUAGCCAAAAAGGAUGUAUGGAGACUACUAUUUUUGAAAAGUACUUGAAAGAUCUUUUCAUAUCCGCCGUCGGUGACAAAAGACCCGUGUUGCUGAUUUACGAUGGGCACUCCACACAUGUAGAUUUGAAUGUGAUCGAAUUGGCAGCAACUAACGGAAUCACAAUUAUAAAAUUACCCCCCCCCCCAUUCUUCGCAUAUACUGCAACCCCUAGAUUGUAG